CGUAAUAUGACCUGACCUAUAUUGUUCAGAAGUAAACUAACAAGAUGGCUGCCCUGUUUGGCCACGGAAACCCACUUUCCACACAAGUUGGACAGCUUAUUGAGCAAGCUGCAGAUGGCACACAAGCAACAGAAAAUUGGGCUUUGUAUAUGGAAGUCUGUGAUUUGAUUAAUGAAACGGAUGAAGGGCCCAAAGAUGCAAUACGUGCUUUCCGUAAAAAGAUUUCUCAAAAUGUGGGAAAGAACUACACAGCUGUGAUGUAUUGUUUAACUUGUAUUGAGUCAUGUGUGAAAAAUUGUGGCCGUCGUUUCCAUAUUCAAGUGGUCAAUAAAGAUUUCUUGCAUGACCUCAUCAAAAUUAUUGGACCAAAGAACGACCCACCACAAGUUGUUCAAGAAAAGGUGUUGAGCAUGAUACAGACAUGGGCAGAUGCAUUCCGAGGUAAUCCUGAGCUGAAGGAGAUAGAGAAAGUCUAUCAAGAACUCAAACAAAAAGGAAUUGAGUUUCCCAUGACUGACUUGGAUAAUCUUGCACCAAUUCACACACCAGCAAGGAGUGUUCCCGAGCGCGAGCAGCCACCAAUGGAGAGAGGUGGAAGCAGUCGAGGGAAAAAGUAUGCUGAGCUUGUGAAUGAGUCAGAUGAUGAGCAACCAGCAGGCUUCGCCCCAGCCGCCUUCCCUCCCGGAGGCUACCCCCCGGCCGUCUACCCACAGGCCGGCUAUCGUCCCCCGGAGUCUGAGGGAGGCGGGAGCGGGCCGCUGUCGUCCGACCAGACGUCGAAGCUGCGGAGAGAGCUGGAUGUGGUGCAGGGAAACAUCCGGGUGAUGAGCGAGAUGCUCACCGAGCUCAGCCCCAACAACGUGGACCCCUCGGACCUGGAGCUGCUGCAGGAGCUGAACAGAACCUGCCGGCAAAUGCAGUCUCGGAUUGUGGAACUGUUGAAUGAAAUUGCCACAGAGGAAGUAACAAAUGAUCUCCUACGUAUAAAUGAUGACCUGAACAAUGUGUUCCUUCGCUAUGAACGCUUUGAGCGCUACCGGACGGGUCAGUCCGGUCAGGGAAGCGCACCUGAGGUAGACAACGGGACGCAAGAUUCGUUACCUCCUUCCUAUGACCAGUUGUCAGCUGCAAGCAACCCUAAAGUUGGGAACUUGAUAGACCUGAGUGAAGAUCCAGCUCCUGCCCCUCCAACAACGCAACUCGCGGGCCUCGCACUGAACAACACAACCCCUUCCAACGCUGCCCCGCCCCAGCCAUCCAGAAAUGACGAUGACUUUGACAUGUUUGCUCAGUCCAGGCAGUCGUUCGAUCAAAGCAAACAAGCCCUUGUUGGAACAAACUACGCCACUCAGCAGGGAGAUACCUACAGCGGGGGACUGGGCCAGGCCGUCUCUCAGAAAGCAACCCCGGAAAAGACAAAUAUUACAGAUGAAGACACUCUAAAGCUCCAGGAAAAAGAUUCGGAUUAUGAUGAGAUGGAGCAGUGGCUGGCCACCCAUGGAGGAGCGGAGUCGGAUGGAAAACCUCAGCAACCAAUCACCAGCUCGGAAGACUGGCCCUUAAGCCCAGAGUUUGACAGGUUCCUGUCGGAGAGAGCGACGGCGUCGGAUGACCUGCCCAGCAUCGCCGCCCAGACGGGCCAGCAGCCGGCGCGGACCACUCGCACUUUAAAGAAAGACGAAGACGAAAACCCUCUGUUUGCAUUGUGAAAUCCCACAGUCGUAGUGGUGGUACAUGUCUCUGUUAGCAUCCUCACUCACUCAAAGCUUCUUUAGUUGGCCUGUGUAUAUGUUUGCAUGAACAUUUGUGCGCGCGCGUGUUUGUGUGUGUGUGUAUGUAUAAAUAUAUAUAUAUAUAUAUAUAUAUAUACAGAGCACUGUAAUAUUCAGUGUUAACAUGGUAUGAGUAAUGUCUAAUCUGGCCAUUUUCUUUCAUAUUUUCUAAAAGGGCAUGUCUGUUAACUCAAUUAUGAAUCUGAGUUCUUGGCUUGUUUAGUUGAAGUACAAGAAAGGAUGCAUCAAAGAAAACGUUUCAAACCUUUUGUCUUUGUGUGCAAUCAAUUUUCAGAAAUAAGCAAUGAUUACUUAUUUGUUACAGUGUUGAUAACCAUUUGUUUAAUUGAAUCAGGAUAUAGGUAUAUAUCUAAUUUAGUCUUUAUUAUUUAAACCUCCAUUUAGUAAACUGUUUUUUGUUGUUUUUUUUUGUCCUUUUUUUUCAUGUUUUGAGUGUUAUAGCAAACAAGAGAAGAAAUUGUGUCAUUUCCCUGACAUGAUUAUCUCUUAAUCAAUAGACACUUGUGUGAAUUUAGAUUUUUAACAACUUUUGUCUAUACUUUGACAGUUACUUUUUCUCUAUGAUCUUUCUGUUUUCCUUUACCUCCGGCUUGCAAGAGACAGAAUUAUAGCGGUCUCUGUAGAAGAUGCAAGAAGAAAUCUUUACUGAGGGUUGCAUGCGUUUUUCUAAGCGUGGACGUUGAUCGUUUUAUUUACGUCGUCUGAAAUGUUGGAUUUAAAACCCAGACCGGAUAUUUGUUUUCUCUUCUAUUUUAUUUUCUUUCUAUAUUUUUUUGUCUGAAAGAAAUAAGGACUGUUGUUUCCAGUACAUUUCAAAGACGAACAAAGGGAAAUACAGCUGUGCUGCGCGCUCAUAUGACCUUACGCAGUUGCGAGCACCGUAAAACCCUAUACUACUACUACAGCUGUGCUGUUUGUAUGUACGCUUGUCGUGGAUAUCUUCUAUUGAACGGCCGUAGCCUCAGAGGUUUGACAACAGCACUGUUAUAGUGAAAAUGAAAAUCGUGAGACGCGUAUCGAGGGAGAAGAGGUUUCUGCUUUCCUUCUCCGAGUUUUCUCCUGUCCAAAAUACUGACCCUGUGGUAUACAGGAAAACUCUCUUGCUGUUGUUGAUAAUUAAUCUGCUUCUGUAUUGCUAUGGUUGGGGGAUUUUUCGGGGGGGGGGGGGGGGGGGGGGGGGGGUCAAGAAAUUCAUGAUUUGUUUCAUACAUUUCCCCAUUCACAGAGAAGUAAAAAUCUUGGCAAUUUGUUUGUUUAAAUCUUUGGAAUAUAAAAAUUGGGCAGGUUUAUUUUUUUUAUUAGUUUUCUCUCACCUCUGGCUGUGCCGUUUUGGGUAAUUGAGAAGUAAUUCCUCAUUGUUAUCUGUUGUUAGUACUGUUGUCUCAGCUAUAUAUCAUCUGAAAUAUCGUUGUGAUAAAAGCAGAGUAGUUUUGAGGAAGAAUCUAUAUCUUCGGUGAAGCACACUUCAUUCUAUUAUAGGGCUGAAUUUGUUGUUUCUGUAGUCACAUUUCGGUGUUUCCUUCUGUUUCUGUUUCCAUCCUUUUUGUUCAGUGGGUUUUUUUGCUGAUGGUGUUUUCCACUUUUAUUAUCAACCAUGUUGACACUUUUCUUCUGUGGUUCUGUCAUUAGAGGCUAGGUUUAAUUGUACAGAUUCUUUACCUUAACUACACUUGUAUUUUUAGUAAAAUCUAAAGGUAAUUAUUUCAUGUCUGCAUGUAAGUAGCUGGGUUUUUUUAUAUACAAGUUUACUACUAAAUUCAUAACUUUGUAUUUAUUCUGUACCGAGAUUUGAUUUAACUCUUUCUUCAACGUAAAGGGGACCGUUCUUCCCCACUGUAAUUGUAAGACGGUUAUGCGUAUAAUUACGA